AUGGACAUGGAGGGUACAGAUGGGAAAGAACGAGGAGAGGAUACAGCAUUCGAGAAGCAGACUACUCUUUUUGCCCUUGCUGUUGCAGAUGUAGUGCUCAUUAACAUAUGGUGCCAUGACAUUGGCCGUGAGCACGCUUCAAAUAAGCCUCUCCUACACACUGUGUUCCAGGUGAUGAUGCGAUUGUUUGGGCCUCAUAAGACAACCCUGAUCUUUGUCAUCCGUGAUAAGACAAAGACGCCACUGGAGAAGUUAGAAAGCGAACUUCGGAACGACAUUCAGAAGAUAUGGGAGUCUGCUCAUAAGCCUGAAGCCCACAAGGAAACUCCACUGAGUGAAUUUUUCAAUGUUGAGGUUGUUGCGCUUUCAAAUUAUGAAGACAAAGAAGACACAUUUAAAGCGGAGGUUGCUUGCAUGAGGCAGAAAUUCUUCCAUCAUAAUAAACUUGCUGGAGAUCGACAGGCGGUAGUUCCCGCUUCAGGAUUUUCUUUGAGUUUACGGGAAAUUUGGGAAAAAAUAAAAAAAGACAGAGAUCUUGAUAUUCCUUCCAUCAAGGUCAUGGUGGCUACUGUACGUUGUGAAGAGAUUGCCAAUGAGAAGUAUUCUGCUUUUGCAGCAAAUGAGGAGUGGAUUCAGUUGAAAGUGAUCUCAGUUCAUCCUGGUGGCUUUGGAAAGAAGCUGAGUUCAAUGAUUGAUACUUGUAUAUUGGAGUAUGAUAAAGAGGCUACACAUUAUGAUGAAGGUGCCAAAUCCGUGAAGCGCAAGCAGCUUGAAGAAAAAAUGCUGAAACUUGUUCAACCUGCAUUCGAAGAUCAGCUGGAACUUAAAAGAUCUUCUACUCUGGAUAAGUUCAAGGAAGCAUUUGAUAAGUCCUUGGACGGGGUCAUCAAGGGAUUUUCUGUGACUGCUCGUAAUUUCACCAAGUCUUUUAUGGCUCAAUUUGAUGAAGACUGUGCAGAUGUUGUUAUCAAACAAGCAAACUGGGACACAUCUAAAGUAAGGGAUAAACUUAGACGUGAUAUAGAAGCCCAUGUUGCUUCAGUUCAUGCUGACAAGAUAAAGGACCAUUGUGAGGCGAAGUUGAGGGAGCUGUUAUCAGGACCGGUGGAAGUCCUUUUGAAGCAAGCUGAUAAUACGACCUGGCCCACAAUAAGAAUACUUCUUCAAGAGGCUAAAUCAGCUUUCUCUGGGAGCGCUGCUGCAAUUUCUGGUUUUGACAUGGAUGAACAAACCAAAGCCAAAAUAGAUGCAAGUCUAGAGAAAUAUGUAAGACGUAUGGUUGAAGAUAAAGCAAAGGAAGAGGCUGGAAGGGUCCUCAUGCACAUGAAGGAGAGGUUUAAAACAGAAUUUAGUGACGAUUCUAAUUCAAUCCAACGUGUUUGGAACCGGCGGGAAAAUAUUGGAGCGAUUGCCAGAACUGCUCAUUUUUCAUCCCUAGAAGUGCUUUCUGUUAUGGCUGUGAUCCGUUUGGAUGGUGAUAAUGAUGGCGAUAAAGUUCAGCCUACUUUAUACAGUGCCUUACUGGAUAAAGAUAUGAGUACCACAACAUAUGACCCACUGGCUUCAAAUACUUGGGAAGAGGUUCCACCAUCAAAAACAUUGAUCAUACCUCUUAAAUGCAAAGAGUUGUGGGAGGAAUUCAAGGAAAACACCAAGCACAUUGUUUCGAAGGCCAUAGAACUGGAGGCCAACGCGCGUUUUCAACUACCUCCUUGGGCAACUUGCUGUUUGAUUGUUGUGGGAUGGAAUGCCAUUAGGAGACUAAUAAGAAAUCCUUUGUAUCUGGGUGUGGGUGUCAUCCUUGUUGCUUUUUUACUCGUCAUGCCCCUAUUGUGCUGGUUUGCCACUAGGGAUCUCUGGUGGGUUCUCAUGCUUUUUGCCUCCACUGCUAGUGAUUUUAACACUCCUCCUUGUUUCACCUCGUGCACUCAGGUCUAG